CCUGCCCUGCCCGCGGGUCACCUGCCCAAAAGGUACAUGCUCUUUUUCUUGCCUCCUUCUCUACUAUCCAUCAGGUAUUAGAUGCUGUGGCUGAUGUGCGGCUGGCCAUGUUCUUUCUCGUUAUAUUUAUAUUUACUUGUGCAGCAAAGGCUGGGCUGAGUCUGAAUGCCUCCAAUCCAUGCCCAAGCAUGUGCAAAUGUACACCUGAAGACACCAUCCUCUGCAACAGAGCUGGACUGAAAACCUUACCUGGAGAAAUAGCACCAUCCACCAUCUCUCUAAACCUCUCCAACAAUUAUUUGCGGAUUCUCAACACCAACACCUUCAGAAACCUGACUUUCCUUCAAAGCCUCUGGCUAGAUGGGAACAAUCUGACUUUCCUGACCCCAGGAACUUUCCAUGCUCUCAGCAGGCUGCAAGAGCUGCACCUCAGCAGGAACUCACGCCUCACCUACCUGCACGCAAACACUUUCAGAGGACUCUUAAACCUCAUCAGCCUGGAUUUGUCCCACUGCAACAUCUUCGAAAUCCACCCACUUCUAUUUUCACACUUGCCUUCUUUAGAAAGGCUUGAUUUAGCCUCCAAUAACAUGAGGUAUGUCCCACAAGCCUUUAGGAACCUCUCCAGCCUCACGAGGCUGUCCCUGGAGGGCAAUCACAUAGAGGCCAUCGGCAGAGAUUCCCUGAAGGACCUGGAAACCCUGAACGAUCUGAAUCUCAGGAAGAAUCGGAUAUGGAUCAUCCAAAAUGGAGCUUUCUCAAAGCUUCUCAGACUGGGCAUGUUAAAUUUGGGCCACAACUUCAUCACUGAUUUGCCUAAUCAGCUUUUUGAAGGAUUGAUCCAGCUCAAGACCAUGCACCUCGAAGCCAACAGAAUCACUGCUGUCGACUGCACCUUCAGACAGCUGCUCAACUUGAGAAACUUGUACUUGAACAACAACCAGAUCUCCUCGAUCUCUGACUCCGCUUUUCUAUACCUGAACAAGCUGCACUUCCUCCACCUGAGCAAAAACAACCUCAGCUCCCUGCCCGUGCGCUUGUUCUCCGGCGUGCCCAGGCUGAGGUACGUGUUCCUGUCCCACAACCCCUGGAGCUGCGACUGCAGCACGCUCUGGCUCCGGCGCUGGACGGCCGCGCGCCGGGCGCUCAUCCAGGGGCUGGACUGCGCCUUGCCGGGCCCUGCCAACGCCACAGCCCCCGAGCGGCCUCGCCCCGGGCACCUGGGGCCCUGCUCCGUGCCGCUGCAGCUGCCCACCGAGGACAAGUGCAGGGUGGCUGGGACCAGCGUGGCCCCCAGGCCCCCCGCCCUGCCCGGCCAGCUCAUCCUGCUGGCACUCGCCUGCCACGCGUGGAACAGUGAGAGGGGAUGGGGCACCCUGGUGGCCACGCUUUAAUGGUGUUUUACAAAGUGGAGGCUGCUUAUUUUGUUUUCUUGAAAUUUGUUUAUGAACAAUGGUUUUCACGACAGGUGGAUUUUAUACGGAAAUAAAGGGAUUUUAUUAUAUAGGAAUAAAUUAUUUCAUUUAUGGGUAAUACUCUAAUCUGAAAUGCUAACAUCAAAAUUCAAUGCAAACGCUCACAUUGGCAAGUUCAGGGCUGGGGCUUGUGCUGGUGAUGUGGGGGCUGGGGGCUGAGAAUUUGACAUUCCCCUCUGUCCUCCCCGUUUCCCAACUGACCACAGCCAGGUGCGACCUCCCUGUGCCCAGCCCACACUGGGUAUAUUGUGAGUACUGAUGAAAUAAGAAUUGCAUGUGCUCCAGGACACCUUGAGUCCUUAGAAAAGGCCCAGUCCAUCAGCAUCACAGUGAGCACGUGGUACCUUCCCACAGCAGGCACAUGAGGAUCUCUGCUGUUAGAAUGUAAGACAGCGCUGGAGGCGUGGGCAAAAACACCACCAUGUAAAACAUUUUAUCACUCAGCUGUUCCUCACUGCUCUGAGCCUCAGCAAAUGUGGCUCUGCGUUUACCCCUGCAAGGAGGUCAUUUGUCUCAGGGAUGGUCUGUACAAGUUGUGUUUAUCUUCCUGCAUGCAGUCAAAGAGCUCUGUCACAGCACAAUUCCAGUGCCACAUCCCCAGUCUGCCUCCCUUCAGCUGCUGGGAGACACAGAUCAGCCUUCUCUGUCCUCCCAAACGGAAUUUUCCAUUUGUGCAGGUGUAUUAAAAGCCCUUAUCCAAUGUUUACUGGGUGCUCACAGAAGGAAGCAAAGGAAUGUGUGCCAGACACACCACAUUCGUCCCUGUCCUUAGAGGAAUUAUCCCAAGCUGAUAAGAGGUAAUAGAGAAAUAAACCCUUGUUUAGGGCUGAAAACACACAAAUCUGCACAAUUUGACAAGGGAAACCUGCCAUGGAGUGCAGGGCAGGACCAACCUUUGCUGUUACACCAGGGAAGAGACACACUGGGGCUUCACAACAAAACCACACAUUCUGCAGCCUCAUUAUAUUUGUGGUUAGGUUUGUGCAAAGCAUUUAACAGUCAAUACAACAAAUUUUUCUUACAUUGUCUGUGCUGUUUCAUCAUCUUCACUUUUCUCAGCUUCACAUACUUUGAGAAGUGGUGGAAAAAUACUGCAGCUGGUUUCUUGCUUUUGCAUUACUCUCUAUCAAGCUGCAAUAGAAAAAGGCAGAAGCAAAAAAGCAAAGUCCACCUCAGCAAUUUCUUAAGUCCCUAACCUAAAAGAUUCAAUUUUUUCCAUUGAAUAACCCAAACUGGUGAAAAGUUGAUAUGGAUGAAAACCUUGCCUUCUCUGAACACUUUGAGAAAAUAUUCCUUCCACUUUCACACCACCACCUCAUUAAACAGUAACAGGAACACAACUGAAUUGCUUCCUCUAUGCUAUGAUAAAAAGUCAUAGAAAUAUUUAACAAGUUAUCAACAGUAUGCUCAGGGAGAACGUGUAGCCACAUUUUUAAUCCACAAAAAAUGUAACUUGCAAGGAAUACAAGCAGAAGGCCAGAAAACACAGGUCCUGAGGAGACAGUCUGGGCUGGCAGACAUUUGAAGGAAGACCUUAAGAUGAAGGGUAAGGGCAACAUGCACCCACAAGGGCAGCAGCAAGUCCAACUGUUUAAAAAAUUCAGUAUGAACAAAGUUAAAAAAACCUCUUUUUUUAGAAAGAAAAAGCAUGUGAUUGAAGAAGCAGAACAAAGUAUAAAUACUAACAAAUAAUUUAUUAUCUAAGAGCAAGAAGAGUUUCAGGAAGAAGGAAAUGUGCUAAAGUUUACAUCUCCUGUUGAAAAUUUUAGGUGUGUUUGACAAACCUGCUUGUUAAGAGUGUUCACUGGAGGGAAAGCACUGGGUUUGUCCUGAUUCCUCUGCACUGGUCCUUCAGUGUGAGAGAUCUGCUUUGCUUGGACCCCAAACGUUUCUUUCUUAAAUACAUCCAGCACAAGGAGAUGCUCACUCAUUCUGUAAUUGUCAAGUACCCAUUUCUCCCCCUUUAACCUGGUACCAGAAGCCAAAGAGGCAAGACAGUACAGAUGCACAUGGCCACUUCCAAAGUCCAAGAAUUUUGACCUUACUCACACCACACCCCCAGCCAGAGCCAUAAAUCAGCAGAGCAGUUUCAGUGGGAUGGCUGUGACUCUACUCACGGUGUAUCGCUCCAUCUUGAGUGAAAACAUGCCAUUUCCUGUGGGAAGCUUUGUUAACAUACUUUUCUUGUAAAAAAAUUGUACCAGUGGAAAGUUUCCAGCCAGCUCUGCACAAGGCUUCAUGCAGGGAAUCACUGGGGUGCUUUGCUGACACCCCACACCCAGGGCAGGGAGCACUCCCAGCCGGUGCCACCACAGCCCGUGCCCUCAGCCCUGCAGAUGGCAGGGCUCCUGCUCAUCUCCUCCCAGCUGCCCCAGCCCCUCUUCAGCUCCCUGUCAAAUUCCUCCUUUUCACCUGCCCUUUUUUCAUCUCCUACACACAGGAAAAUUAAUUCUCUUUCACUAAAUUAGCCCUCAUACAAAUGUUAACCUCUGAAGCCCCCAAGGCACAACACCACAGAAGCUGCUGCUUCAAACAAACUUUGCUUUUAAGGGGUCUUUCCCUGCUGGGCUGCCAGCAGCACCAACCCCUCACCAUGCUCUGAAGGAGCAGCACCUAGAUCAGAUUUACAUCAGGAUGAAGAUGGUGUGAGGCACUGCAGCCCAGGAGCACCAGCUGCAACUGAAGACAGGCUGCCAAGCUGGCUCAGUGCAAAUAAGGAGAGAAGCGUGUAUUUAAAUGUUUUUAUUUCAACUGAUGCUUUGCCACCAUAUUACAUCACUUUGAAUAACUUGGAAUAGCAAUAUGAUCUCAAAAUAUAGCAAACAGCUUGCCAAAGCAAGAGAAUAUGAAAUCCUAUGGAUACAGCAUCUUCCUUCUUUGGCGACAAUGCUUCCUUCCAUUUAUCUCUAAAAAUAAUUUUAUAUUCCAGCACAUUUGCUGUUCACUUUAUUGAACCCUGCUGUUUAUACCAUUUGCCUCUUCCCUGCACAAAACCUCUCCACAAUGUAGUAUGGUUUUGUAUCUAACAGCAUUUUAAAUAAAAAAGUUAUAGUUUUCAUGCAGAUUUUUGUAAAAAUUAUUUUCUAGGUGCACAGAACUGAACCAAGAUGCAUACAAAAAUGCAUUCACUUCCAUUCUCAGGUGUAACCUUGCCAUCAGCAACACGAUCAUGUUACUGCAAGAGGUCCAAGGAUGGUGGUAUUAUCAUAUGUAGUAUAACCUUAAAAAACAAACAAACAAACCAAAAAAACCCC